GAACACGAAAAGCUGUCUCGGUCCGUGAGCAUCUUAUUUGGUAGAGUCACACACUUACUGAGUUCUUCAUCAACUGCAGUUGCCGCUUCUGCAGUCACACCAACCUACAGACAACACACAUACACACUCCCGACAGUCAAUUCUCUGCUCCCACUUCCUUUCGUUGGUCUUUCCAACAUGCGUUGGUUCCGACGCUUCCGUACGGAUGGUGCUGCUGCACCUCCACUACUACUCGUCGUAUGUGCCGUGGCCGUGGUGGGGUUGUUCCCGGGACACGGCACGGAAGCCUUCUCACGGAGGGCAUCCACUGGUACUACUGGUGGGACCACACGCAUGAUGCCCCUACCGUAUCUCCGCGAGCAGCGCACACCACGGCUAGUGCGCUUGCGGGAGAAGAAUACGCGCCGAAGAGCCAACAAUAACGACGGCAACGAUACUAGCAGCGUCACCAAUAGCAACGUUUCACCGGUAGAAACCGGUACCGCCGUCACCAACGAGUCUUUCGUACCCGCACCACCCUUCGAACCCUUCAUCAGUACCGAAAUCGUUUACGAUGGUGUCACGGGGUUGGCGUUGCUCAGCGAAAACUGCACCGAGUCCAUUCCCGAUACCGCCUCUGCUAUACAAACGCAAUUGGUCACGUACCAGUACCAGUUCCUUCUCAACCGUAGCAGUCUCGACCAGACCAACGACACUCUCUCCAAAGCCGUUGACGUUGUCGUCAACGACCUCGAACUGGCGUUGCAAGGAAUACUGGCUGACUCCUUUCUGACCUGUGGCUUUGAUCUGGGUGCUUGCUCCGCGCACCCGCAGUGUACCAACUUGACCGCGGCCUGCUGUCCAACAUCCGACGGAGUCUUCCUCACCUGCUGUGAACUCUUGUUGCUCCGGCCCUAUCCGUUCGAAGUGACCCGGUUGUCCUCCGCUCCGUUCGAUCGAAUCGCUGAAAUCUGCGCCUCUCCCGACGACGACGCCCUGGAUUGCUACAGCGUGGACGGAGCGCUCUCGGUCGACUUCUUUUACUUGGACGGCGAUGAACGCUCGCUCCAGCAACUAGACACGAUUGAAGAUUCCAACGUGGCCGCUGCCUUUUUAGAAAGCCUGCAAGCAGCCUUUGCCGACGAAAACUUGCUCCAAGACGAUAGCGUCCAAACCGUCGUCUUUAUGGGACUCGGCAACAGUAACGGUGUGGAAGGUGGUAACGGUCAAGGAGGUGACGGUAACGUUCCUACAGAAGAACCGGACACGGACAGAGAUGCCAGCAACAAUGUCGACACGGAGAUUGACGCAAAUGUCGAUGCAGGGAAUGAUGCGGAGGAAAUUCCGGAUGUCGAUGCCAUCACCACCGGUGACACGGAUGCAGAGAUGGACACGGAUGCCAAUGCGGAUAACGAGGCGACCGAGACCGAUCUAGGGGCAAAUACGGGUGCCGACCAGAACGCCAACGGGGAUCAGGGUGGUGUGUCCGGUAUCGCCUCCGAGACGACCACCGACAACGGCAAAACUUUGACGAUUGUUACGAGUUCCGUUGCGGUGGCGGUAGUCGCAGCUUGCUUGAUCAUUUUGGCAAUCUUUGCGGGACGACGCCGCCAGCGCAAGCAGGCUCACUGCCAACAACUCGAAGACUAUGGUGACAAUUUCUUUCCCGAUUCGAUUGGACAGGAUCUCAACUUGACGUCCAGUACGUCACUGUCUCGGAGCGCGCACACCAGACCAGGGAAUCGGGGUGGAAUGGAGCAGCCCGAGAAUGACGGACUCAUCGUUUUGAGCGAUUUGCACAUGGCGGAAAGCGUCGACGGGGAAAGCUUUGAUUUCCCCAGGUACUCUGAAAAGCAGGACGCCGUUCAACCCGUGUACGUGUCCUCCACGCAGGCUCGUCCAGUCAAACCCAAUUCAUCGUUUGCUGAGUUUCAAAAACGCGAGUAUAUCUCCGAGGAUACGGUAAUACUAUAG